UUUGCAGGUCUCGCAGAUGUGUCGAUAUCCGAAGAUAUUCCAGUGGAAGGGGAGAUCACUGUUCCUGUUGGAUCUCACUCUCCUGAUGAAGACUAUUCCACCCUGGAUGAGCCUGUCAGGGAUACUAUUAUGAGAGAUCUGAAGGCGGUUGGGAAGAAAUUUGUCCAUGUCAUGUAUCCGAAAAAGAGUAGCGCGCUCCUCAGAGACUGGGAUCUUUGGGGCCCUUUGGUGCUUUGUGUCUCACUUGCACUGAUGCUUCAGGGUGGAUCAGCAGACAGUAAAGAUGACGGAGGGCCCCAGUUUGCUGAGGUCUUUGUCAUCAUCUGGUUCGGUGCAGUUGUCAUCACACUAAACUCAAAGCUUCUUGGAGGAACUAUAUCUUUUUUUCAGAGCUUGUGUGUUCUGGGUUACUGUGUCCUGCCCCUGACAGUAGCAAUGCUGGUGUGCAGGCUGGUACUGUUGGCAGGCUCUGGGACCAUCAGCUUCAUUAUACGUCUCGUUGUUGUUGUAGCCAUGUUUGGUUGGUCAACGCUGGCAUCUACAGCUUUCCUGGCAGACAGUCAGCCUCCGAACCGCAAAGCCCUCGUUGUGUACCCCAUCUUCCUCUUCUACUUUGUUAUCAGCUGGAUGAUCCUCACCUUUACACCUCAGUGA